UUGCUUUUUAUAAAAUUGACUAUAAAAGAGAAGGAGGAAAUUUGUUUUAAAAAUUUUUUAAAGUUGCGCGCUUAACUCUCAAAUUUUACAGAAAGAAAAAAUAGGUAAAGGAUUGCGAAACCCUAUCCGACUACAAUACUCAAAAGGAAUCCACACUCCACCUUGUUCUAGGUCUCAAAAGAGUCACCAAGAAGCGUAAAAAGAAGACUUACACCAAGCCUAAGAAGAUCAAGCACAAGCACGAGAAGGUGAAGCUCACUAUCCUCCAGUUCUACAAGGUCGAUGGCUCUGCAAAGGUGUAGAGACUCAGGAAAGAGUGCCCUAAUACUGAAUGCAGCGCUUGAACUUUCAUGGCUAACCACUUUGACUGAUACAACUGCGAAAAAUAUGGUUCGACCUACGUUUACAACAAAGCUAAUAAGGGUUGCAACAUCGUGAAUUUCAAAGAAUCAGGGUUACGACAACAAAUUCAAUUUUCAGAGGAGUAAGGUUGCGACUUUGAUUUCUAGAAGACGACCAGGGAAUUUGUUUUUAUUUUUAGAAAAGGGGAAUUUAGAAGUAUGCAAACAAGAGGGAAAUAUUGAUCAUGAGGUACAAGUCUUGAUCGAGUGAAAGUAAAACAUUCCUUGUUCUUCCUUUGUUUUUUUUUUUUUUUUUGUCAAUGCCUGUCCAUCUGCCAAAGCCUCGUAAUUCGACGAUGUCAAUCACAACAAUCCUCUCCACUAUGCUCUUCUCCACAACUUCAUCUAUGGCCAGGUGAUUCAACUUCUUGUUGCAAUUUUUAGGGUAUCUUUUUUAUUCUCUUUACUUUGGUCGUGUGAUUUGAAAUUAUUGUUCGAUUCAAGGUUUCAUGCAGGUUGGAUAGGUAGAUCGAGUUCUGUGUGCGGGAGAUGUUGUAGUGAAGUACUUGAAUAAACAACUAAUAUGAUUAUAACUUGAAAUUCAAAAAGUCAUUCAAUGCUCUGCAUUUGAUUUGGUAUUGCCAACCAAUUAAUUUUUUUCGACUCUAAUGUACUCUUUGCUUUGAACUAACACUCAGUCGUUUCUCUUUUUCAGCCUGCAAAGUUCGUGACUCGGACCUCAAAGUCUACUUUAAGGUUGUUUUAUUUGAUUUUGUAGUGUUUGAAUGUUGCAUUUUGUUUUAGGAUCAAAAUUUUCUCAUAAAGAGUGAUAUAAAUGAUAACAUGUUUGUACUACACAUGCAAUUUUCUAUUUACUUUAAUGUUCUGUUUUCUGAUCCUAUUGAAUGUCCUUGUAAUAGUUUUCUACUUCUAUCUAAUAUAUAAAAUUACUUGAUUGAAAGUCAUAUUUCUUAAUUGGUGAAAUUUAUUAGAUUGUUUGUUAACGAUGUUAUCGUAAAAGGUUUGUUUCUCGAUCUAAGAGGUUUUGCAAUUUUUUAUUUACUUUAAAGUCUCUCUUACUAUUAACCUCUAGGCUUCAUUGUUGAAGGGUUAUGUAUCAGUUAUGAGUCUUAUGAUUUGGGGUUCUACACAAAAUUUUGGAUAACUUCCUAUUUUAAACAUGUUUCUUAGAUUUGGAUAUGGAGUUUUUUUUUUUUUUUUCUCAUUAGUUAAGGAUUGAUUCAUUCUUUUCAAGCUUGAUUUUGAGUUUAUGUUUCCCUUGUUUCCAAAGGAUGUAUUUUUUAAUUUUAAUUCAAUUUUGGUUAAUGGGUGUGGUAUGGGCAUGUGGCUAGUGGGACCAUGAGGAGAGGUUUGUGUAGGAGUUUUUUAUGGAGAUAUGAAUUGUUUCUUUACUUGUCAGUUCUCUCGAUUUCAAUACUAUCUAUUUGAAAGAGCUUGAGUAUUUGAUCACAAUAGCGAAGCAUGGGAGGCUCAAAACUUAUUGCAGGUAGGAUGGUUUUACCUCUGAACUUGUACUUACCAGCUUGUGAAAACCUCGUCCAUGAGAUUGGAAGAACUUGAAGUUGAAGAAUCAGAGAAGCAGUCGAAAGCACCCAACCACGCCUCCAAUGGGGACCUACAAAGCUCACCUUCUCCUUAAACAAAAUGGGGAACAACACCCUGCUGGCAUAGGUAACUACUUCAAAAUGUGAAGGCAAGCACAACCAUUGGAGUGAUUGGAGUUCCGUACUUUGCAUAGCCGGAUCCUCUUUACCAUUUCUUGUUGAUGGUUCAAUACACCACACCGUCGGCCAUGGCCAUCGGCACAAUGACUCAGUUGUUCGAUGUGGGUCAAGAGGAAUGCUAUGUUAUUACACUUAAAAGUGUAAAAAAAAAAUGUUUUUCCAGCAUCCUCACCUUGUAAUAUAUUAUAGAUACAAACCCAUUGUGAUGUAGUAGAACUUCAAGAGUUUUAUUGAGCAGGCAUGGCACACAUUGCCUUUACAACUACUCCAAGGGACAACAUAGCCACACAGAAGAAAUGAGCAUUAAAAAGUCAAAAUGUUGAAUAGACAAUGCAUGGAGAAGAUGAUUUGAUGCAGUAUCCCACUUGGAAUUUGGAAAAAAGCAAAAAGAAAACCAAAAUUCAUGAUAUGGGUUUGUUGUCACUAUUGGAGGUGGCAUUCAUCCCCAAUUUGCAAGUCCUUUUGAUGUGUUCAGUGGGAGCCUUUUUGUCCACUGAUUACUGCAAUCUUCUUCCUGCCCAUGCUAGAAUUUCUCUGAACAAGAUUGUGUUUGCUGUUUUCACUCCUUGUCUCAUGUUUGCAAAUUUGGCCAAAACAGUCACUUUCCAGGACAUUGUUUCAUGGUGGUUCAUGCCAGUCAACAUUGUUCUUACCUUUCUAUUUGGAGGGCUUUUGGGAUGGAUUGUUAUCAAAAUUUUGAAACCCAAGCCAUAUCUUGAAGGCCUUGUCAUGGCAGUCUCUUCUACUGGGAACUUGGGGUACCUUCUUCUCAUCAUUAUCCCUGCAAUUUGUGAUGAAAAUGGCAGCCCUUUUGGCAACCACAAUACUUGUGCUUCUCUUGGACUCUCCUAUGCAUCAUUUUCCAUGGCGCUAAGUGGGUUUUUCCAAUGGACUUAUACUUACCACCUUCUGAGAAAAUCUUCCUUGCGAGUGAAAGCAAUUGAAGAAGCCUCAGGUAUUGCCCACCUCCAAACUCAUCUUCUCCAUAAGCAAGAUGGUCCUGUUUCAGUUGAACAGGUAAAUGCUUCAAAAUUUACACAACCUUUGAGAUUUGUUCAUGAAGAAGCUGCUUUAAUUUUGAUCUCUCUUCUCUUCUACUUCCAGAUUGAAUCCCAAGAAGCAGCGGCCAGUUCAUUGUCUUCCAUUUGGGCUCAAACACUACACAUUCUGCACACCAUUUUUCAAGAGUCAAUGACCCCUCCAUCCUUAGGAGCUAUUGUAGGAUUGAGUUUUGGAGCGGUGUCAUGGCUAAAAAAUCUCGUAGUUGGGGAGAAUGCUCCACUUAAAGUAAUCCAAGACUCUGUUCAACUACUUGGAAAUGGGACGAUUCCUAGCACCAUUCUGAUACUAGGCGGCAAUCUAAUUCAAGGGUUGCGAUCGUCAAAGGUGAAGCCAAAGACGAUGGUGGGAGUGAUGGGGGUUCGGUACUUGGCUCUGCCUGCAAUUGGGAUUUUGGUAGUGAAAGUGGCAAAGACAUUAGGGUUUUUAGCGCCGGACCCACUUUACCAGUUUUUGUUGAUGGUUCAAUACACCACGCCACCGGCUAUGUCCAUUAGCACAAUGACUCAGUUGUUCGGCGUUGGUCAAGAGGAAUGCUCUGUUAUUAUGCUUUGGACUUAUUUGACUGCUGCUCUUUCUCUUGCUCUUUGGUCUGCACUCUUCAUGUGGAUCUUGCCUUGAUUCAAUCUUUUCUUUUGAAGAAACGAAACCACCUCGCCCAUCUUGUAUUCUUUUGCUAUAUGCCAAAAAUACAGAGAUAUGUGGCAUAGAAUAGAGAAUAGUGAUCACAUGAUGAUCUAUUGGGAGAGAAGAGAAGGAUAUUACAAUUGUCUCUCUUCUCAUUCAGCUUCUUUAGAGGCCAUCUUAUGUUGUAUACAAGUUCAAGAAUUGUUUUUUUCAACAUAGAUUCUUUCCUUUAA